AUGCAGAUUUUCAUGCAAACCCUUACAGGACAGUCUCUCAUUCUCGAGGCUGAGCCCUCAAAUACAAUAAAAAAUGUAAAGGUCAAGGUCCAGGAUAAGGAAGGAAUUCCUCCUGAUCAGCAAAGACUGAUCUUUGCUGGCAAGCAACUGGAAUAUGAGUGUGCUUUGUCUGACUACAACAUUCAAAAGGUGUCCCCUCUUCAUCUUGUGUUGACACUUCAUGGUGGUGCUAAGAAAAGGAAGAAAUCUUACACCAAAACCAAGGAGAAUAAGCAUAAGAGAAAGGAGGUUAAGCUGGCUGUCCUGAAAUAUUACAAAGCACAAAUAUUUUGCUAUGAAGAUGGCAAAAUGAGUUGCCUUCGACAGGGGUGUCCUUCAGAUGAGUGUGGUGCUGGUGCUUUUAUGGCCAGCCACUUUGACAGACAUUGUUGUGGCAGAAGUAAGGCCAUCUUGUCAAGGAGGCAGACUUCAUAG